GUGACCCAGAACAACAUGUUCGCGCGUCUUCGUGACCGAGGAAGUUGCCCACUCGCUCCCAGCAGGCCGCCCUCAACGGCCUCCUCACCCGCGCGCUUGAGAUCAAACCACUGCCGCAAGUAAUCAAUCCGUUGAUGAAUUCUGUGCCGAACUGGGAACGGGAAUUAGCUGGCCAGGAAGAGACAACAUGGCUAUAAAAACCCUCUUGCUCACCAGCUUCCGUGCUGGCUGGACUGGACCAUUCAGACAAAGCCUCUUCUUACUUUCGGUACCUUUGGACGCUUAGCAACGCCAUCUGCAACUCGCCGCCGUGUCACCAUGUCAUUCAACAGGAUCCUCGUCAAGAGACUCCUUGGGACCGUCGUUACUCCCAGUGGGAGACUCAUCAGUAUUUCCGCCGCCACCGAGACCGAUGACUGGAGAAGACCGGAUUGGCUGGCUGAGAAAAUGAAGCCUGACUUGGAGAAAGCUGUGCCGGCCAACGAGCAUGUUCUUCCUCCGGACACAGUCGAGGUCUGCGCCCGCGAAGGCGACCAUGACAGCGCUUCCGACAAAAGGUCUCACAUUACCGCCGUGGCCUACAAUAACAAGGGGGAAGCUCGGACUGUGCAUCUGGCAACGCAGAGGAAGUGAUCUCGGCUCUGGGUGCUGUUGUAUCAGGUACAUAUGCGCGGGGAUGGAGGACUGGAGACUGAAGAUGUAUGGGCUUGGAUUAUCCGGGGAAUUGUUCAUGUGGUGGGAUGGUUCACAGCUUCUGGCGUCGGAUAACAACUAGCAUUGCGCCUGUCAGUUUGGACAUGCCAUAAAGUCGGUAUUUGUUUUCUAUGCCACAGAAUACAUCGCCGCCUCAGCGUGAUGGCUCGCCGAGCUUUCCCCUACCCACCCUCACCCCCUUCCUAGUCCAGCAAUGUGCCAAAAUUGACACUGUGCAAG